GGUAAACCAACCCCUUGCCUAGCCUCCGAGUCUAAAAGCGCACUUGUAUUAGACGUAUUGACUUUCUUGAAGACCACCAGUGUCAAUAGCUAAGACGAAAUUCCAGCCACCUUAUAGAUUGGUAGUGCGGGCUAUAUAAAUACCUAUCCAUUUCCUGGAAUUUUCUUAUGCGUGGAAAAGGGAUCUCUAUUCUCUCUCCAUAAACAAUCGCUAGAGCAACAUAACCAUCCAUUCCCAAGAUAUUUCCAAGAUAUAAACUCUAGUUCAAAAUGAAACACGUCACCCUCGCCAUCUUGUUUGCAGCUAUUGCUGUGGGAACGCCAAUAUCUUCGCCUCAACCGAGGUCUCUAAGCACAAUUGAGAACCGAGAUGGAACAACCCAGUUCGACCCAGAUUUUGGCUUGAAAGCCAAAGCUCAACGUGAUGGCACGACUCAAUUCGACCCAGAUUUUGGCUUGAAAGCUUGAGUGUCAAGGGGCCAUGCUAGACAUUAUGUUGAGCAUAAGGAUUAGCCUGUUCAAAAUGGACUCUUUUUCUAGAGAAAGGGGGAGUGUUUUAUCAAGGGUGAUAGGUCAGAUAUACUAGAUAGGUGCUCCGUACGAGCAAAGUACUAGGCAACAAUCAACACCUCUCUAUUCUAUCAUAGGUUCGCUACCUAGGUUUCAUGCAUGUCGUACCUGUAACUAGAGGUUCUUAUAUGGAA